GACCGGUGCGGUGGGUGGGCGUGGCGUGGGCGGAAGCGGCGCGAUGCACACGUCGCGACAUUCCGUCACCUCGUCUUCGGGGGUCCUUAUGGUCGGGCCCAACUUCCGCGUCGGCAAAAAGAUCGGCUGCGGUAACUUCGGUGAACUCAGACUCGGAAAAAAUCUCUACAACAAUGAACACGUAGCGAUUAAGAUGGAGCCAAUGAAAUCCAAGGCUCCACAACUACAUCUAGAGUACCGAUUUUACAAACUAUUAGGGACGCACGCGCCAUCAACAGCAGAAGGCAUACCCGAGGUGUACUACUUCGGCCCUUGCGGUAAAUACAAUGCCUUGGUCAUGGAACUGCUCGGGCCGUCGCUAGAGGACCUGUUCGACCUUUGCGGCCGUCGCUUCUCUUUAAAGACUGUGUUGAUGAUCGCCAUGCAGCUGUUACAUCGCAUCGAAUAUGUCCACACGAGACAUUUAAUAUAUCGGGACGUGAAACCCGAGAAUUUUUUAAUAGGUAGAGCUACGAGUAAAAGGGAAAAAAUCAUACACAUCAUUGAUUUCGGUUUGGCCAAAGAAUAUAUAGACUUAGAGACAAACAAACAUAUCCCUUACCGGGAGCACAAGUCACUAACUGGGACUGCGAGAUACAUGUCAAUAAAUACACAUUUAGGGAAAGAACAAUCUAGACGCGACGACCUAGAAGCUCUGGGGCAUAUGUUUAUGUAUUUUUUACGUGGUUCCUUACCCUGGCAGGGUUUAAAAGCUGAUACACUCAAAGAAAGAUACCAAAAAAUCGGCGAUACCAAACGAGCGACUCCAAUUGAGGUGCUGUGCGAGGGCCACCCCGAGGAGCUGGCGACGUACCUGCGCUACGUGCGGCGGCUGGACUUCUUCGAGACGCCGGACUACGACCAGCUGCGCCGCAUGUUCCGCGACCUGUUCGAGCGGCGCGGCUACGUGGACGACGGCGAGUUCGACUGGACCGGCAAGACCAUGUCUACACCGGUGGGUUCAAUACAAACUGGACACGAAGUAGUAGUAUCGCCAAAUCGAGAUAGACAUCAGCCCUUCCACAAGGAUGAUUUGUGUGAUUAUAUGAUUGGUUUGGUUGAGGACGAUGAGGCGGCGCUUAUAUCCGGAGAGGGCGCCGUAAAAGACUCCGGUACCGGCGGUACCGCAAAUACCGGUGGUAACUGGCCGCACAGCGGGAAGGCCACGCCUCUCACUGCGGGUCACCUUACGCCGGCUGACAGGCACGGCUCUGUGCAGCUGUUGAAGAAUAAGCAUUUUCGGUAUGUGAAAUUUCCCGGAUCGGUGUCAACGGUGGUGAGCUCUACGAACGGCGAGCUGGGCGCCGACGACCCCACCGCUGGCCACAGCAACACGCCCAUCACGCAACACCACGAGGUGGACGUGGUCGACGACACCAAGCAAUCCGUCUAUUCCAGAUGUUGCUGUUUCUUCAAACGUAAAAAGAAGAAGUGUGCGACGCGCGCGUACAAGUGACGCGUGUGCGCGUGACCGCCCCGCACCGCUAGGGUUGCCGACUGCCCGAGUACAAGGGGUGGCGUGGACGGCCGAGCUAUGCCCGUUUCUUUCUAGCGCACAGGAACGUGCACGUUAGAAAGAGACGGUGUGACGUACGAAGGCAGACGAGCGCUCUAGCGAACCUAGCUACCUGUCUUGCUCUUACAUACGCGGGACGUGUAGUUACUAUACGUUAGAAAGAGAAAGAAGUUCAGCUAAGCAGUUUAACACAUACUCGGAAUGGAUUGUCGAUCUGCGUGUUGGUAAGAAUAAAUAACGCAACGUUUUAAUUGUGGGUCCUACGGUGAUGACUUACUAAUGAAAUACUAUUUGUCUAUUUCUAACGUUUAUAGAAUUGAUUUUGUUCUGCUAUAUAAGAAGGAGACAGGUAACCUGCAGUCUUAUUGUACGUAAUAUGGCUCGUCCGCUCUACAAAUCCUCUAGGAACAUUAUCUGCAUUAGCUCAUAGUACAACAUUCGCCGCUUACCAUCUUCCAUUCAUAUAAUUAUUUGUAUCCGUAUAUUAAAUUGGAAGAACUCAAAAGAUA